AUGAUGGAUGCGAUUCACCAGGACCCUGGCGGUGCACUCGUCGAUCGGGGACGGGGACGGGCGGGCGAACGGGCGGGCCACGAUGUUACAGGGAAGGACAGGAUGAAGAAAACAACACAAAAUACUCACGAGAACCCUGCAGUUCCUGAUCUCCUCCUCCCGACACCUGCUGCGAUUGGUGAUCCAACGGCGACGACGACGAUUGAUGAUGGUAAGGCGGCCCCUCGUUCACGAACUGCACCCUCCCAGCCCUUUCGCUCUCCUUCUCUUCUCUCCAGUACUCCUCGAAGCCGGCUCGACUGUCGCCGCUCGUUGACCUGUCAUAUUGCUGCCGUUGCUGCUGCUGCUGGCCUUGGUGUUGGCUGA